AUGAUAUCCCCACAUUUACCCCUCUUGGGCAGUGAUCCUGCUGCCAACUCCAUCAAAGCGUCCUCGUCACUAGAUUCACGUAGAUCACUGGUGCUACAAGCCGAUGGACACCUCGGGGAGCUGGAUGCGCCUGAAGUAUCAGACUCUUUUUCCCCAUCCGUCGUCGAUGAAACCUUAUCCAGCAGCAAUCCUCGGGCCCAACCCCAUGCUUCCUUGACAUUCGUCAACGGCCUCGCUCUCGUCCUCGGCCUUCAGAUCGGCUCCGGAAUCUUCUCUGCUCCUUCCCAAGUGAGCAAUCACGUACCAUCUCCAGGCGCAGCCGUCUUGAUUUGGCUUGUGGGAGGCAUCAUGGUCUGGACAGGCGCCGCCUCGUUCAUCGAACUCGGACUAGCAAUACCUAAGAAUGGAGGUAUCCAGGAAUAUCUCAAGGCCUGUUAUGGUGAUUAUCUCGGAUUUCUCUUUACAUGGAUAUGGAUCGCCAUAUCAAAGCCUUGUGCCAUGGCAAUGAUUGCGAUGAUUUUUGCCGAAAACUUGAGCAUUGCGGCCGGGCCCGUCGACGUACUUUCUGCGUGGGAAGUAAAGGUUCUUGCAAUACUAGGACUCUUCUUGAUUACCUGCAUCAACUGUCUUGGUACGAUUGCCGGAGCACGGGCUGCGAACGCGUUUCUGAUCUUGAAGCUACUCGCGGUUUUCUCAAUUGCUGCCACUGGCAUAGUCAUGGGUGUAACAGGCCGUCGUUCCCAUGAAACAGAGCCCGAGUGGUUCGCAAGUGAUCCAGAUCCGCAUCGCCAGACCAUGCUCAACUGGGCUAAGGCAGGUGAGUACAUUACAGCUAUUUACGGCGCACUUUUCUGCUACGGUGGAUGGGAAUCGAUCGGCUUCGUUGCUGGCGAGAUGACUGACCCAUCUCGUGAUUUACCUCGAGUAAUCAACACUGCCAUGUUUGUGGCCGUUAGUGGCUUCGUUCUUAUGAAUAUCGCACUUUUCAUGGAGUUUGGUCUGCACGUUUUCGGAGCUACCGGCGGCACGGUCUAUUCUUUAGUCGUUUCAGCAUCUUGUUUGGGGGCUUUGAAUGCGAAUGUCUUUGCAACUGGGAGACUAAUUGUCGCCGCGAGUAAGAACCAUUACUUUCCCAAGUUUUUCGGCAACGAUCAUUGCUCUGCGAGAGAAGAAGAGUCGCUUUCUACAAGGAAGGCACUGCAAAGGUUCCCAGCUCUUGUGUCCGCUGGCAUCUUGUGGUUCGCCGAGAGAACGGAGACUCUGCGCUGGGACAAGAAAGUACCCAUGGACUUUUGA